AUGGCGCUUAUGGCCAAUUUGUGCUUUCUGUACAGCCUUGCGGCUCAGGGACCCCUGGUGUCUAAAAUCGCCUACACGGAAACAGAGUCCCUUGUCCAAAGCUCUUCAGCUUCCCGGUUCUUGCCUAGCCCGCUCCGAGCCUCCGACAAUUUCUCAGCCUACUAUACUUGGAUCAAUUCCAUCAGUGUUUCUUCACCUCUGGCUCCGUCUUGGAGUUCAGCAACUCCCAUAUCAUUCACCAGUCUUUCAUUACAAAGUCAAUCUCUUACCCCACCAUCAAGCUCAUCACCAAGCCCAACUUCAGUCAUCUUGCCUGGCAAGCCAAGUACCCCGACUCCGGCGUGGGCAAGCGAAACAAUCUCUAGCCCAGAGCCAAAUUCGUCCGUGACCGAUGGUUUCACGGUAACGGCUUCUCCUGAUUCCAUUGCCACAACCACUCCUGAACAAAUUACGGCUUCCACAACAACCUCAACGCUAUCGAUCAUUACCGGAUACACACUGGACGCGCUCACAGUGAGUGUGAGCAGCACCGUCACAAGCAACACGUAUACACGGACCGGAGAUUCCAGUCAUACCACCGCAAUCGUUCCACUAUUGCUUGAUUGCUGGUUCUGCCCGAGUGAUGAAGGGAUUUUGCUCUGGGGUCUGUCGCUGCCUGGCAUUUACCCUCCACCGAUCAAACCACCUAUCCCUUCAUGGCCGACAAUUACGAUUGGAGAUAAUCUGAUUCCGACGCCCGAUCCGAGCAGUAAGGCCGAUGAUAAAACCACGGCUACCAGCAGUGCAACCUCUUCGACAAGUUCAACGAUAGAAAGCCAGACCACGAGUGAGGUGGAAAGCCAGUCCACCAGUUCGCAGACUAGUGAAACACCGUCAAGUGCGACCAGCACCGCCACGUCAGAUUCAUGUGAUGCGAGCUCGGCGUCAGAACGCUCACAUUCGGCGCACUCUCUGAAUCGAAGAGAACUCGUCUCGGUACUGGAUGAUCCACUUGGGACAGCCCUGAGUUACCUCGGAGUCGAGGGACUUAAGAGUGCCACAUUGUUCGUUAGCAACAAACAGCCGGGUCCGGAAAAGGAGAAAAUAACAAACACAUGGGCCAUGGGAGUUGGUGGCACCUAUAAGCUUCCCAGACGUGGGGUUACGAUUGAAGGAGUCCAUCUCACCGGCAGCAUACCGUGGAUGGUCCGUUGGGAUAAUGACCCUGUCAAGGGGGUACAUGUCAAUGGGGUCUGGGGUAAAGGCCCGGGUCGGGUGAAGGUAGCGUACAAAUUCCACCCCGAUGAAAAUGGCGGAGAUAAAAUUGGAUGGGCGGCAUUGAGAGACAAUGUCGAAAAACUUAAUAGAGCAACACGGAUAAAGUCCUAUCGCGAAAGAACUGAGGAUGAGGCAGAAAGGUACAAAAUUGUGUUCAAGGACGGAAGGACCGAGGCGGAUGCCGUUCAGGCUAUUAUUGAGGUCUGGAGUACCUUGAUUACUACUGGAUCGUGUUAA